CUCUGAACAGCGCAUGCGCAGUCGUCUGUUCUACUCUGCACAGCUGUAGGAGAAAAUGGCAGCACUCAUGCUAGGACAGCAGGUCCGCCAGUUCAGCACGUCUGUGGUGAGACCAAAACUGAUGAGGCCUCCCAUCCAGGUCUAUGGAGUGGAGGGCCGCUAUGCCACUGCUCUGUUCUCAGCUGCCAGUAAGCAGAACAAACUGGACCAAGUGGAGCAGGAGAUGGGAAAAGUGUCUACCCUGAUCAAGGAUCCCAGAAUUUCGAGUAUUGUAAUGAAUCCUCAUGUAAAGCGCAGCAUCAAGCAGAAGACUUUCCAUGAUGCUCUUGCAAAGAGCAAGGUUUCGACCAUCACUGUCAACCUCAUCAAUGUUUUGUCUGACAACGGUCGUCUUACUCUAACUGGUGGUGUUAUCACUGCCUUUGGCAAGAUGAUGAGUGCACACCGUGGAGAGGUCAUCUGCUCCGUCACCACUGCUCAGCCUUUGGAUGAACCUAGUCUGGCUGACCUGAAAUUAGCUCUCAAGGGCUUCCUUCAGAAGGGUGAGACUAUCCAUCUGGAAACAAAGUCGGAUCCUUCAAUCCUGGGUGGCAUGAUCGUCAGUAUUGGGGACAAGUAUGUGGACAUGUCCACUAAAACAAAGAUUCAGAAGCUGACUAAGAUCAUUAAGGAAACUUAAGUCCUGUGGACUUAAUUUGGCAAGAGUUUGAAAGCGACCAUUUGGGGCGGGGAAACCCUGAUUAAUGUAUAUUGCUAUCUGUUCUGGCAUUGCAGUUGCUCCAUAAAAUCCAGUGUCUAUACUUAAGUUGAUAUGGAUGUUAAUAAACCUACAUAACAAUGGAGAA